CUCCAGGCAAGGCCCAAAAUGCGAAGCUGAGUUCGCGAGGCGAAGCUUGUGAUCUGGGAUCGCCGAAUACCUUUGCAGCAGUCGGAGAUACCAUCACACUUGGCAUUUGCUUCACCAGCAUGACCCUCAAGCCCUCUUUAGAUUUCUAUUAGAAGCGCUUGUAAUACGUGUAAGGAACCCACGAUAGCAUUCCGUUUGUGGGUUUUCAGGUGGAGGAGGAACAGAGCACGGCAACACUGGAUUUGGGUUCUUGGUUGAAGCGGGCGAUAUGAUUUUGCUGGAAGGGCCCUCGCGGGUCCUGCUUCAAAUCCUUCAAAAUCGUCUUCGCAAUAUGGAGAAGCCAGCAGAGGUGGACUUUCAUCUCACGGAGUUCGAUGACAUUCGAUUUCAUGUUCAGGCUUCGGCAAAGGAUCCUCAACACAUACUCCUCUCGGUAGCACUACCUCCUCCUCCACCGGAAACUGUUUUCUAUGGAGGCCUUCCUUUUGGUGCAGUGGAGGCCGUGAAGACAGCAUACGGUGCUUUUGUACAAGUGAUUGAACCUCCAGAGUCGGGAUUUCAUCUCACAAUUCAAAUAGACUUAUCAAAAUUGGCAUUAGCUGAAGCGGAAAGAGCAUCGCAGUUGACGAAGAUAGCUUCUUUGCGUACUGUUGUGCUCGGGGCACCACUUCGCAACAUCCUCAAGCAUUUAGGCAAUAGGUCGGUAGCUCCAGAUGCGGAUAAUCUAGUUGCUUUAAUGCAUCGACCAAAGCAGUCUUACUUUUUGAUUCCACAACCUGAGAAGGUGACAGUUGUAUUUCCUAUGCGGUAUAAGGACGGUAAUGACGUGGUACUUGCGACAUCAUUCUUGCAGGAGUUUAUGGAGGCCAGACGGUCUGCCGGGUUGAGCACAGCACCUCCUUGCUUAUGGGCUCCCUCUCCACCCCUUGAGCUAAAAGGAGCUCCAGAACAUGCUUUGGAUGCUAAUUCUGGAUUCGUAUCUUUUGUGAUCUUUCCACGGCAUGUUGAGGGUGAGAAGUUGGACCGAAUAGUAUGGAAUCUGUCAACCUUCUAUGCCUACGUCAGUUACCACAUCAAGUGCUCGAAAGCGUUUAUGCACACUCGAAUGAGAAGACGGGUAAACACACUUAUACAGGCACUGGAAAAGGCCAAGUUGGAAGUUGAGAAGGAGAAGAAAACUGCUCAAGGUCGAAGUUUCAAGCGGCCAGUAUAAUCGAGCUUAUUCUGUAUUAUUAGGUUAUGUUGACAACUCGCUGGACGUUUCUUGAUACACGUGAAGUUCAGGACCUAGUGGGAUUCCUUGCUGUUUGCUUUCAACAGCCAAGUUGUUUGGAAUGCCACAAUGCCAUGAACCAAGUUUUGAUAACUCUUUGUUGCUAGACUAAGUUUUACAUACGAAUUCUAUGGUCACAAGCAAUUCCAGAUCUAGUAAACUGUACAACAGAUUACCGUUUAUAAUAACAAACGAUCCUGUGAUAGAUUCAGGUCUAGUAUUGAAUAAGGAUCUGCUUCGUUUACAGUAAUCAUUAAAUUGAACUUCAA